AUGGGGAAAGACACGAGUGGGGGGGAACCACAGCAAGAAGCAGCUCGGGGGAGCUCUGACGAGGAGAAGUUGAAGGCCGGAGUUGGCGAGGUGCCGAGGUGCUGGUGCCCACCAUCCUGGCUGAGCUCGGUGAGAGCCAGGGCUGCCCGGUGCGAAGACAGCUCCGGGAGAGAGCCGUGCGUGGACACGCACGCCACUGGCCCUGCCCUGGCGGCUUUUGCCUGCCCCUCCGCUGCUUGUAUCACAUUAAAGGCACAGGUUUAUCGAGUACAUUAUCAGGUGAAUGACAAGUAUUUUAUUAGCUUGAAGUUGACGAUGAAGAGUAUCACAAAGUUUGUCUUUCUCUUUGGUAUCUGUAAACUUUGCAGAAAUUCACCUAAGCAAGAUUCUGCGCAAACUUGGAUUAUCACUUGGUUUUGUCUUCAACUACUCCUACUUAAUCCUCUUGUCAAAGCCCAGAGUUCCUGCGGGAAUCCAGUGACAGAUGAUGUGAAUGACAUUGCAAAACUGGUCGGAAAUCUCCCAAAUGAUUAUAUGAUAACCCUUAAAUAUGUCCCGCAGAUGGAUAGUCUGCCUAAUCACUGUUGGUUGCAUUUGAUGGUGCCUGAAUUCUCAAGGAGUCUACAUAGUCUUCUCCAGAAAUUUUCAGAUAUUUCAGAUAUGUCUGAUGUUUUAAGCAACUAUUCAAUCAUCAAUAAUCUCACAAGGAUAAUUAAUGAUCUUAUGGCAUGCCUAGCUUUUGAUAAAAAUAAGAAUUUUGUAAAAGAAAAUGGUCACCUUUAUGAAGAGGGCCACUUCAUCCCCGAGGAUUUUUUUAGGCAAUUUAACAGUACCAUUGAGGUCUACAAGGAGUUUGCAGACACGUUGGAUAAGAAUGACUGCAUUCUGCCUUCAACAGUAGCAACACCAGGGAAUGAUUCCAGAGUUGCUGUCACAAAAACAUUUUUGUUUCCUCCGGUUGCUGCCAGCUCCCUUAGAAAUGACAGCAUUGGCAGUAAUACUAGCAGUAACAAAGAAGCACUUGGCUUCAUUAGCAGCUCCAGCCUGCAAGGGAUCAGCAUAGCACUGACAUCAUUGCUAUCUCUUCUAAUUGGCUUUAUUCUGGGAGCUAUAUACUGGAAGAAAACACAUCCCAAAUCCAGAUCAGAAAGUGGUGAAACUACACAGUGUCGUGACUGUCAAGAGGAAAAUGAGAUAAGUAUGUUGCAGCAAAAAGAAAAGGAACAUCUACAAGUGUAG